AUGGCUGCAGAGAAAUGGUGUGCUACGCUUGUUGCAUUAUUUGUGCUACUCGGUCUUUCCAUAACCUUUGGAUUCGGGACGUCAUAUGUGAACGACGGUAUUGGCUUCGAGAAAGGUAAUCGAAGACGAAUAUUGGCCGUAGUGAAAUUUGAAUUACUGAUGAUUUUGUUCAGCAUGUUCACUUAUUUCCGAAUAAUGGAUUCUUUAAACUCAAAAAAUGAUUUAUCAAGACGUGAGAAACGUUUGCAGUUGGGCCCUCUCUCACUAAAUCCGAGACGUUUUGCAGUUUCUAUGAUCUUAAUCAUUUGGUUAUCGCUGGCACAAAUUGGUUUUCCGCUUUAUUGGGUUAACUCUUCGAUACAGAAUCAAUUGUUUGAUAUAUCGAUGAUUUCACUUGGCUUAUGGAAUUAUAUUGUUGCAAUUCUUUUCGUAUUGUUUUGUAUAUCUCUCGGUAUUUCAUCCUUGAAUAUAUUUUCAUCAGGUCGUACCUUUGUGAAAGUUCUUUUUCGGUGCACAUUUCUGAAGUGGUUAUUUGAAGAGCCGCGAUCACAGGUGAUUAUAUCAGUUAGUGUUGGCGUGAUCAUUUCACUUCUGACUUUCCUCUGCUCUGAUAUGCUUUCUUUAAAGGAACAGGUUUUCCAUAUAAGAAAUUUACCACCUCAAGCAGUUGGUCUUCGUUUCGCAGUAGUAUCGGACAUUCACGUUGGUGCUAGUGUAAAGAAGGAUCAUGUUGCAAAGGUUGUCGAUCGAAUCAACUCAGAAAAUGUUGAUGCAGUAUUUUUAGUUGGUGAUAUUAUUGAUUCACCACGAUCAGCUGUUUGGCGUCGAACGUUGCCGUUAGGCAUUUUUCUAACUGCAUUUGUUAAGCGAAUAGCGCGUUACAGGUAUUUGAAAUCGAAAUUCGGAACGUUUUACGUGACUGGUAAUCAUGAAUACUAUUAUGGUAAUGCGUUAGAUUGGUUCGAAUUUUUCAAAACGUUAGGAAUUCAAGUAUUGGACAAUAGGAGUGUUAAUCUGAACGGUUUAUGCCUGGCUGGUGUCAACGAUUACUCGAGUGGUAAUAGUGGAAUAAAAGGACACAAGUUCGACAUAGAUCUUGCGUUAAGCAACUGUAGCGAAAGUGAACCGAUAUUAGUAUUAUCGCAUAAUCCUGCAUCUGCCCAGCAGAUCGCUUUUAAUGCGCAAAAUCGACGUGUGGAUCUUAUUUUAUCAGGCCACACCCACGCUGGUCAGUUUUACACUAUCGCUCCGAUUGCUUAUUUCGUCUUACCAUAUUUUCAUGGUGUUUAUCAAAUUUCAUCACACACGCAGUUGUUGGUAUCGGCUGGUACUUUAUAUCAAGGUCCUCCAAUGAAAAUGUUAGGUAUGUCUGAAAUUUGGAUUGUUAGUUUGCAGCCGUUUGCGUCCAACCAUUCAUCGAAAUUCGGCACGAAAAUGCUCGAAAAGAUGGGUUGGAAGGAUGGCGGAGGACUUGGCAAAAAAGAACAAGGCAGGAACGAUAAUAUCAAACUGAAAGCUAAUUAUUCUGGCAAAGGUUUGGGUUGUGAAAGUUCAUAUGAUGAUACGUGGGUGGCGCAUCACGAUGAUUUUGCAAAUCUUCUUCAUACAUUGAAUCAAAAGAAAGAUGAUGGUGGUGAGGGUGACGCGGACAAGAAUGACGUUGUUGCCAGUGAAAAAUCAAAGAAGAGUCGGUCAAGAGUUCGGUAG